AGCCAGGGAUCACAGCUGCCACUGUGUGGUCCUGGAGAACCCCAGGAAAGCCAGGGAUCACAGCUGCCACCGUGCGGUCCUGGGGAACCCCAAGAAAGCCAGGGAUCACAGCUGCCACCGUGUGGUCCUGGAGAACCCCAGGAAAGCCAGGGAUCACAGCUGCCACCGUGCGGUCCUGGGGAACCCCAAGAAAGCCAGGGAUCACAGCUGCCACCGUGCGCAGAGUCUCCGGGAACCCUUCCCGACAGGCAAGGCUGGGACUCGGAGAUGUGGCACGUAGUCUUUAGAGCCUUCAACAGCUCGGAGGACUCAGACCCGGUCCAGGAUCUUCGGAAACUCUCUGAGCUCUGCCGUCUGUGGCUGAGGCCGGACCUGCACACCACAGAACAGAUUCUGGACAAGCUGGUGUUGGAGCAGUUCCUGAUCUCCAUGCCCCUGGAGCUCCAGGUCUUGGUCAAGGAUCACAAUGUGCAGAGUUGCAAAGACCUGGAGGGUAUCCUGAGACGGAAGGAAAAACCUAAGACAUGCACUGUAGUCAGCAUGGAAGGACAGAAGUUUCUUCUGCAGAAUUCGCAUGAAGUGGAAGUCGGUGACGAGCACCCUGUGAUGGACUUGCCCGUGAACUCCCAGUCCUUCGUGUGUGAGGUGGAGGUACAUGCCGAGAACAGCUGGGAGGUCAGCCAGGAGCCAGAGGAUUGGCCAGAAAUCCAGGACAUGUCAAGGGAGCAGGGACAGACGGCUCUCCUGCCAGAGACCAUCCCUGAGGAGGGUGACCUGGAGGGUGUGAGACCCCCGCAGACAUCGGAGAAGGACACAGUGGAGGAUCAUGAAGCCAUGACAUUGCUGAUACCUCCAGAGCCUCAGCUUCCAACGGGUCCUGGUGAAAAGUUCAUUCAGCUGUCGGAUCUGCGGGUUCACCUGCGAAUCCACACCGGCGAGAGGCCACACAGAUGCAAGAUCUGCGGGAAGUCCUUCGCCCACGAAUCCACGCUGCGCGGUCACCAGAAGGUCCACACCAAGGAGAAGCCCUAUUCCUGCCACGUCUGUCAAAAACCUUUUAGCCAUAAGGGUAACUUGAAUGUCCACCUCCGCACCCACACGGGCCUCAGGCCCUACCUCUGCGCAGAGUGUGACCACACCUUCCGUCAACUCAGCACUUUGAAGCGUCACCAGAAGACGCAUGCGAACAGGACUUCCCAGGGGUCCCAACUCUCUUCUGCCUGA